AUGGCCGUAGCCAUUGCCGCCCUGCAAGCAGAGAACCACGAGUCAGGUUUCGCCAUCGCCCACUCGAGACCCCGCCUAUCGUGGCGCUUUGCCUCGUCCUCCGUACGCAACUGGACUCAAGUUGCAUACGAUGUCGUUAUCAUCCGCGAUAACAAAGAAGAGUCGUAUCACGUCCAGUCGAGCCUUAACGUGUUGGUUCCAUGGCCGUCCUCGCCACUGGUGUCGCGUGAGCGUGCGGGAGUCAAAGUGCGCGCCAUCGGCUCGGACGGCACGGCUUCUGCGUGGGCGACCAUGCGCAUCGAGGUCGCCUUGCUCGACCGGAGCGACUGGCAAGCCGAGAUGAUAUCGCGCUCGCCGGUACCUGUGGAAGAACCGAAAAGGCCUUUCCAACUGCGCUCGACCUUCCACCUGUCAUCAUUGCCAACGCCCGACACCCCCGUCAGACUAUAUGCGACGGCGUUUGGCAUCUACGAUGUCACGAUCAACAGCAGACGCGUUGGUGACCAGGUGUUGACUCCUGGGUGGCAAUCAUACAACCACCGCCUGGCCUACCAGACAUUUGAUGCGCGCAACUACCUAUGCAAAGGCAGCAAUGAGAUAGUUGUUGAACUCGGUGAAGGUUGGUUCGCCGGUCGCCUGGGUAAGACGACGCGGAACAUCUGGGGCGAGCGACUGGGAUGGAUGGGUCAGCUGGAAAUUGGCGGUCAAGUCGUUCUGCGGAGCCAGGAGGACCGGUGGACGUGGGGUUUCGGCCAGGUGGUGGAGAGUGAGAUCUACAAUGGCGAGGUUGUGGACACUUCACUGCCCCUUAUCGGGCCCGCCCAAGGCCCUGCGGAGCGCCUCGCGUCGCCCAAGGCCCGGCUGGUGUCGCCAGACGCGCCGCCCAUCCGCCGGGUCAUGGAGAUAAAGCCAAUUCAGCUCAUCACUACGCCGUCUGGUGCGAAAAUCCUCGAUUUCGGGCAGAACCUGGUCGGCUGGCUCCGACUCGAGCGUGACGUAGCCGUUGAGAGCAACGGGGAGGGGGAUAUUGUCCUGCGCCACGCCGAGGUGCUAGAGCAACACGAGCUAGGUGUACGUCCACUGCGGACAGCCAUGUGUCGCGACAUCAUCCGCGGCGGAGGGACAAAGGGCUGGCAGGUGCGGUUCACCUUCCAUGGAUUCAGAUACGCCGAGGUCACCGGCAUUGCCGAUCUUUCCCUGAGCGACUUCACCGCCAUCGUUGUUGCAUCCGAUCUACGCCGCACUGGCACUUUUGCCUCGUCCCACAAAGAAAUCAACCAGCUUCAUCAGAACGUCGUCUGGGGCAUGCGUGGCAACUUUGUAUCCAUUCCUACCGACUGCCCGCAACGAGAUGAACGGCUCGGCUGGACGGGCGACAUUCAGGUGUUUGCGCCGACAGCCAACUUUCUGUUCGACACUGACGCUUUUCUGGGCGACUGGCUCAAGGAUGUUGCAGCCGAGCAGGAACUGUACGACGGUGUGCCGCCCAUCUUCGUGCCGUGGACCCCUCCCCCAAAGGAGGCGGUAAACCCCCUUGGAGGACACAGGCCGCGCCCACAUGCCAUCUGGGCUGACCUCGUCGCGCUCACACCCUGGGAUCUGCACAUGGCAUUCGGCGAUCGGCAAAUCUUGGAACGACAGUUUGACAGCAUGAUGAUGUGGCUCGACAAGGGUCUCCCACGCAACGAACUGGGCAUGUGGAGCGAAUCUGUGGCGCAGUACGGUGACUGGCUAGACCCGAAAGCACCACCGCAGUACCCCGCACACGGACGAACCGACUUUCUACUCGCUGCCAACGCGUAUCUGGUGCACGUAACAAGUCUCGUGGCACGCAUCGCUCGCCUCAUUGGACGCCCCACAGAGGCUGACCGGUACCAAGCCGACUUUGAACGACUUCGAGUGCUGUUCCAGAAGGAGUACGUGACACCAAAUGGCCGUCUCGCGUCCGAUACGCAGACCGCUCUGACACUCGCCCUCAAGCUGGACUUGCUGGACAAAAGCCAAAGGGCCCACGCUGCCAAGAGGCUAGACUGGCUCAUCCGAUGGGACUUUUUCAAGAUUUCAACUGGCUUUGCUGGCACCCCCUUGCUGCUGCAUGCGCUUGCGGAGAAUGGCCUACUCCACCUGGCUUACCGGAUGCUACAGGAGAAAGACUGCCCAAGUUGGCUCUACUCGGUCGGUAUGGGUGCCACAACCAUCGUACGUAUCUUCUCCCGCAGACGGUUAUAUCCUGAUUUGCAGUGGGAGCGCUGGGAUUCUCAACUACCGGACGGACGAAUCAAUCCAGGCCAAAUGACCUCGUUCAAUCACUACGCCCUCGGCUCCGUCGCCGCAUUUCUCCACGCGGUCGUCGGCGGCCUCGCACCCGCGGCCCCGGGGUGGAAACGGGCUCUCGUUCACCCCCAGCCAGGUGGUACCGUCACCUCGGCAUCAACUGCUUUUGAGAGUCGGUACGGUCCGUACCGCGUAAAUUGGAAGCUACUUGGACACGGCAGCCACAAGACACGGAAAAUGAUGGUUGAGGUACAUGUCCCGCCCAAUGGAGAGGCACAAGUCCUCCUGCCGGGUGUGGACGAGGUGGUCGGCAGCGGCAGGUGGGACUGGACGGUGGAUUGGGCAACGGAUCAGCGUUGGCCGCCCGUUGGUACGCCAGGUCCUCAGAGUACUAAAAUUCCGGACCAAUUCGUGUCGUGA